UGCAUGAGUGUCAUGGCAGUGUGUGCAUGGGCAGCGGCCCCCCUGCUCUUCCUGGGGCUAUGCCUGUGUAGCGUGGGGGGCCAGGCCCAGGGCGAGGUUCUGGAGUUCGGGGGUGUGUCAGGCCAGUGGGGGCGCUUCCCGGUUUGGAACGCCUGCUGCGAGAGUGUCCUCAGCUUCAGCCUGAGGACUCACAGUCAGGAGGGCCUGCUGCUCUACCUGGAUGAUGAGGGCUUCUGUGACUUCCUAGAGCUGCUGCUCCUCCAUGGGCAUCUCCACCUGCGUUUUUCCAUCUUCUGUGCCGAGCCUGCCGAGCUGCAGUCAGGCGUGGCAGUGAGUGAUGGACGCUGGCACGCCGUGCGCGUCAAGCGGGACUGGCGGAACACCUCGCUAGAGUUGGAUGGGCACCUGGAGGGAUGGGCGGAGGUGAAAAGCAAGAGGAGAGACAUGACGGUGUUCAGCCACACAUUCAUGGGCGGGGUGUCACCAGAGCUCCACUCCUCCCCGCUGCGACUCACCUCCCCGUCGGUGCGGGAGCACCCCGCCUUUCGUGGCUGGGUCACGGCGGUGAGCAUCAAUGGCUCACUGGUGACGCUGGACAGCUCGGAAGGCGUCACCGUGACGGCAGGCUGUGGGCCGGACCACCAGUGCCAGAAUGGAGGGGUGUGCAGUGUGGUCAACGAUCAGGCCGUCUGCGACUGCUCCGACACCGGUUACCAAGGCAACGACUGCAGCGAAGAACACAGCUACACUCCAGGUCUGGCACACCUGAUGAUCGGCGACCAAGCUCGCGAGGAGUACGUGGCCACGUUCAAGGGCUCCGAGUACUUCUGCUACGACCUGUCACCCAGCCCCAUCCAGUCCAGCAGUGACGAGAUCACGCUCUCCUUCAAGACGCUGCAGCGCAACGGCCUGAUGCUGCACACGGGCAAGUCGGCAGACUACGUCAACCUGGCGCUGAAGAACGGCGCCGUGUCGCUGGUCAUCAACCUGGGCUCUGGGGCUUUCGAGGCCCUGGUGGAGCCUGUCAAUGGCAAGUUCAACGACAACGCCUGGCACGACGUCAAGGUCACCCGCAACCUGAGACAGCACUCAGGCAUUGGACACGCUAUGGUGACCAUCUCUGUGGACGGCAUCCUGACCACCACAGGCUACACCCAGGAGGACUACACCAUGCUGGGCUCUGAUGACUUCUUCUAUGUGGGAGGGAGCCCCAGCACCGCUGACCUGCCUGGAUCCCCAGUCAGCAACAACUUCAUGGGCUGUCUCAAAGAGGUGGUGUACAAGAAUAAUGAUGUACGGUUGGAGCUGUCUCGACUGGCCAAGCAGGGAGACCCCAAAAUGAAAGUGAGUGGGGUAGUGGCCUUUAAGUGCGAGAGCGUAGCCACCCUGGACCCGGUGACCUUCGACACCCCAGAAUCCUUCGUGGCGCUUAGCAAGUGGACCGCGAAGAGGGCUGGCUCCAUCUCCUUUGACUUCAGGACCACAGAGCCCAAUGGACUCAUGCUCUUCAGCCAUGGCAAGCCCCGACAGCAGCAGCGCAAGGACCCACGCACGCCACCAACCAUGAAGGUGGACUUCUUUGCCAUUGAGAUGCUGGACGGCCACCUGUACCUGCUGCUGGACAUGGGCUCAGGAACCUCCAAGACCAAGGCCAUCGACAGGAAGGUAAACGAUGGGGAGUGGUACCAUGUGGACUUCCAGAGGGACGGACGCUCAGGAACCAUCUCGGUGAACAGUGUGCGUACGGGGUACACGGCCCCCGGUGACAGCGAGAUUCUGGACCUGGACGACAUUCUGUACCUCGGAGGACUACCGGAGGACCGCGCUGGACUCAUCUUUCCUACCGAGGUGUGGACUGCUCUGCUGAACUAUGGCUACGUGGGCUGCAUCAGGGACCUGUUCGUGGAUGGCCAGAGCAAAGACAUCCGACGGCUGGCGGAGGCCCAGCGGGCGGUGGGGGUGAAGCCCUCGUGCUCCAGGGAGGCUCCAAAACAGUGUCUGUCCAACCCCUGCCAGCACAGCGGCAUCUGCAGGGAGGGCUGGAACCGCUACGUCUGUGACUGCUCCGGGACCGGCUACCUGGGGCGGUCCUGCGAGAGAGAUGCCACCAUUCUGUCGUACGACGGCAGCAAGUUUAUGAAGGUGCAGUUGCCCGUGGCCAUGCACACUGAGGCAGAGGACGUGUCACUACGCUUUCGGUCCCAGAGGGCCUAUGGCGUUCUCAUGGCAACCACGUCUCGCAACUCUGCAGACACCCUUCGCCUGGAGCUAGACGGGGGCCGCGUCCGACUCACUGUCAACCUGGACUGUAUCAGGAUUAACUGUACUGCCAGUAAAGGCCCAGAGACCAUCUUUGCUGGGACGGGCCCUCAUGAUAAUGAGUGGCACACGGUGAGGGGUGGUGCGGCGCGGCAAGGGCCUCAGCUCACCGUGGAUGACCUCCAGCCUGUCGAAGGUCAGAUGGCAGGUGACCACACCCAGUUGGAGUUCCACAAUGUAGAAACGGGCAUCGUGACUGAGAAGCGCUUUAUACCCGCGGUGCCCUCCAAUUUCAUUGGCCACUUGCAGGGCCUAACGCUCAAUGGCAUGCCCUACAUCGACCUAUGUAAGAACGGCGACAUCGACUACUGUGAGCUCAACGCCGUCAUCGGUUACAAGAGCAUCGUUGCUGACCCCGUCACCUUCCGCUCGCGCUCCAGCUAUGUGACGCUACCCACGCUGCAAGCUUACUACUCCAUGCACCUCUUCCUGCAGUUCAAGACCACCUCUCCUGACGGCCUCAUCCUCUUCAACAGGGGAGACGGCAAUGAUUUUAUAGUGAUAGAACUGGUCAAAGGCUACCUCCACUAUAUCUCCGAUCUGGGUCAUGGAGCCCACCUCAUCAAGGGCAACUCGAAUACCCCUCUGAAUGACAACCACUGGCACAAUGUGCUCAUCUCCCGAGACACCAACAAUCUCCACACAGUCAAAAUUGAUACCAAGGUCACAACGCAGACCACCAUGGGAGCCAAGAACCUUGAUCUCAAGGGUGACCUGUAUAUCGGGGGUGUGUCCAAGGAGAUGUACCGGGACUUGCCUAAGCUGGUCCAUUCACGAGGCUUCCAGGGUUGCCUAGCAACAGUUGACCUGAAUGGCCGGCUCCCUGACCUGCUGGCUGACGCCCUAUCGACCAUAGGACAAGUAGAGAGAGGCUGUGAAGGUGUGGCACACACUCGGAACACUUGCAUGAUGAAAGCUGACUUGCAAGGUCCUAGUACGACCUGUCAAGAAGAUUCCUGCUCCAAUCAGGGAGUUUGUUUGCAGCAGUGGGAGGGCUUUAGCUGUGACUGUAGCAUGACGUCGUUUGCAGGGCCACUAUGCAAUGAUGCCGGAACCACUUACAUCUUUGGCCGUGACGGGGGUGUAAUCAUUUAUACAUGGCCUCCCAAUGAACGUCCAAGCACAAGAGCAGACCGCCUUGCCCUUGGGUUCAGCACCCAGCAGAAACAUGCCAUUCUUCUCAGGGUGGACAGCGCAUCAGGCCUGGGAGACUACCUCCAGCUCCAGAUAGACAAAGGCAACAUUAGGGUAGUAUUUAACGUUGGCACUGAUGACAUCAACAUUGAGGAGAGCUCCAAGUUUGUCAACGAUGGGAAGUACCACAUAGUUCGGUUCACCCGCAGUGGAGGCAAUGCAACCCUGCAGCUGGAUGACCUGCCGGUCAUAGAGCGCUUCCCCUCAGGCAACAUUGAUAACGAGCGCCUGGCCAUCGCCAGACAGCGAAUCCCCUAUCGGCUCGGUCGAGUAGUUGACGAUUGGCUACUCGACAAAGGUCGCCAGCUGACCAUCUUCAACAGUCAGACGACAGUGCGUGUGGGCGGAGGAGAGCGGAGCACGGGCAUGUUUCAGGGCCAGCUCUCGGGCCUCUACUACAAUGGCUUGCGCAUCCUGAACAUGGCCGCCGAGGGCCACCCACAUAUCAGGGUGGAUGGUAGUGCCAGGCUGGUGGGCGACAUGCCCUUCUCCUCCAUCACCCCCCAGUCCAGCGCCGCCGCAGGAGGCAACCGCUCCGAUUCUGCCCCCUCCAUCAGUGACAUCACCACCACCACAGCCACCAACAGGAAACAGGGCACCACACAGCAGGUCAGUUCGACAGAUGACCUGCUGGUGGCAUCAGCUGAGUGCCCCACCGAUGAUGAGGACAUGGACCCCUGCGACCCUAGCUCAGCCCGGCCUCCCCCGACGGAGGUGAAGGUGUUCCCAAGGCCGUCCGAGGUGGUGCGGGAGAGCAGCAGCACCACGGGCAUGGUGGUGGGCAUCGUGGCGGCGGCCGCGCUCUGCAUCCUCAUCCUGCUGUACGCCAUGUACAAGUACCGCAACCGCGACGAGGGCUCCUACCACGUGGACGAGAGCCGCAACUACAUCAGCAACUCGGCCACACAGCCCAACGGCAGCGCCAAGGACAAGCCGCUGGGCAUCGCCAAGAUCUCCAAGAACAAGAAGAACAAGGACAAGGAGUACUACGUCUGA